AUGGCGGGCGCGGCCUAUGACGUGGCGGCUCUUGCCCUCAAGGGCUCGGUGGAUGCCUCCCUCAACUUCCCCGGCCUGGCUUCGUCCUAUCCGACACCUGCUUCCACCUCGGCCGCAGACAUUCGCGACGCUGCGGCUAGAGCCGCGGAGAUUAAGAACCAGAACCAGAACCCGGAUCCGAGGCCGGACCCAGACCCGGUUUCAGACGAACCGGGUCGACCCGAGAGCGAGGAACCGGGUUCUACGGAGUUCGUGGACGAGGAAGAGUUGCUGAAUAUGCCGAAUUUGCUGACGGAUAUGGCGGAGGGGAUGCUGAUGAGUCCCCCGAGAAUGCACGCGCCGCCGCGUGAUGACUCGCCGGAGGUUCAUGAAGGUGACUGUCUAUGGAGUUACAAGUGAAGCAAUCUAUGGGGUUUUCUUUUUUUAAUUUGGCCGUCCGGAUUGUUGUUUUUUGGGGUAUUGGUCAACCCUUUAAAUGAAAUACGUACUAAAAUGGCAAAUGGGUUAUUAAAAAAUUAUUAAUUAGGAUUAUAUUCGGUAUUGUAUGGCACUGCACAAUCUCCAUCUAUUAAAAAUAAAUCCAUUUCAGGAA